AGUUAAUAUGAUAUGACCAAACUGAUGGCAUAAAUUAAACACCAUACCCUUUUUAUUUUCAUUUGUUUUCUCUCUCGCUUGAGAUAAUAUCAACGAAGCAGAAGUGGAGAUUGUGCGAUAAACAAAAAUGGUAUUGAAAAGUCUUCUUCUCCUAGUUUUGGCAGCGUAUUGUCAGGCUGCAAGUUCACGAGUUGAAAAUAGUCUUUGUCUCAAGAUUUAUUCUGCUCGAUACGGUUACGUAUCUCGCUAUGGUCCUUAUAAUGAUCUCGAUUUGUUGGAGUUUUCAAAGACCAAACCAGCAGCUGUAUUCAAAGUCAUUCCAACACGCAUCCUUCAAGAGAUCAAGAGCCAAAAAUGUGUACACAGGAUAACCAACACAAAUAUGCAGUUGGUACUUAAACAUGAUUGUUCAAAUGGGCUUUUGAAUCCAGUUGAUAAGUGGAUGUACAAUGACUUCAAGCUGCAAGAUUACACAGCCCCAGGUGCACCAUGCUGGAGCCCAUGGAAUUAUCAAGGUCGAGAUCCUCCUGCAGUCAAAUUUGUGCCAGGUCUUUCUACAUGUGCUGAAUAUAACAAAAUAAAUUUGGUCAUAGUUUCCUGUCCAGAUGCCUCCUCAGACGAAUUCCAUAGUCAGAAGUACUAAGAAAAGAAAAUUGAAUGGAAAGACGUGUGUAAUUGAAAUAGUAAAAUGAAAACAUGUAUGUUUACCAAUUCUAUAUGACUAAUAAAAGUUGAAUUUCUGCGCA